AAAUUGGAAUGCGAGAUGUGAAAAAUCGGAACAAUCAACCCAAGAAGAUCGUUAUCAUGUCGACUUGGGGUGCGGGAUCUGGGACUCUAUCAUCCAUCCUGCUCAAGCAUUUGAAUGCGUAUUUCCAUCAAGAACCUCUCCAUUACUUCGGAGGCCGUCAAGUAGAAACCGUCUCGGACACAAUAGAAGCUAAACGAGUGAUCGAGGCAUUGUUAAAAUGCGAGUAUCGAAAUCCAGUGUUAGCCAAAUACUUGUACCAUGCCCGCUUUCAAUGGCCUCGCCAAUUCCAGAGCAACCCCAGCAUUCUUAAAGGAUGUUCCAGUCUCAGAAAUUCGGACUGCUUUGACCAAGGAUACCUCCAGCAUCAAUGUCAGAACUACAAUAUUCAAGUCAUGAGAAUCCUCAGAUUGCGCUUGCAUCAUCUUGAAGAAUUGCUGAAGGACAGAGGAAUGGACAUGAGAGUGCUCUUUUUGAUCCGAGAUCCCCGUGGAACGUUGCAAUCUCGAAUGGAUACCAUCAAGAGUUGUGCUCAAUUCUUGAGUUGCCAUUGCUCGACGACACUUUGCCGACAUCUGAGUGACGAUUGGACUUCAUUCAGAAGUCUAAGAGCACAAUUCCCUGGCCAUGUUUGGUAUUGUUCGUCAUGUCAAUACACAAAUCGGUUGAUUUUUUGGCCAAAGCUUUUUUUUCUUACCCAGGGCCAUCCGAUUCGAAGACCUCCACGGGAAUCGAGAAGAUACGAUGAGGAAGUUGUUGACGUUUCUGGAUUUGGAAAUGGACCUUUCCACUCGGAUGUCGAUUUUGUCAAAAAUCUUCACGAGUCAAAACAACAAAAUCGAUCCCUUCGAAAGUGCGCUCGAUUGGCGUAAACAACUCUCCGGAAUGAAUGCUUCAGCCAUUGAUAAAAACUGUCGCUCCAAAAUGUCCCCGAUGGGCUAUUUAACGUGCGAUGGGAAAGUCCCAUUGACAAAAUGCGAUCCCUUGCAAAGAAACAUGAACUUGAACCCUUUACGAUUGGCAACGAAUUUGGGGUUUGCUUAAUAAGCCAUGAUGAAAAGCGAAGCGACAGAUUUAGAAAGAUGAAAAACCGGUCGGAGGGAAACGGGGCAUGGAUUACGUUUUCAGUGUUUCGCCUCCCCAAAAAGUCACGGUAUCAUUCCAAAGUAGGAAAACAUAUUCCCUGGUGGUGUCUUGUCAUUAGCACAGAGGGUACUGCUAAAUGUAUUGAGUGUGUAAAGUGUGUUUCUCUGUAGAUGCGGAACAAUAUCGUUCAGUGGAAAAAAAAUGAACAAUUGUUACGUUCAGGGAACAGUGCUUGUCCGGAAUGGCUUGGUUUGUUUGGCGUUGUUGUCUCUCCUUACGAUUCUUCGCUUGAGUCAAUGGAACGAGGCCAUGGAUGAAGUUUUAGAGGAUAGAUCCAAGAGAGCAGGAGGCAAGAUCUUGUGUUGGAUCUUGACGUACCCCAUGAAUAAAAACACUCAAGCUGCAGCUGUGAAAGAAACAUGGGGACGGCGAUGUGAUAAGUUGCUCUUCAUGACGAGUGAGAAAGACCCUGAAGAUGAUUCAUUUGUGGCUUUGGAGGUGACGGAAGACCGGAAGAAUUUAUGGACGAAAACUCAACUCUCUUUGGAGUACAUUUACAACAACCACUUCGCCGGAUAUGACUGGUUCUUUAAGGCAGAUGACGACACCUAUGUCAUAGUGGAAAACCUUCGUAAGUUCGCCUCACAAUACUCUCCACAAGAUCCAGCUUAUUUUGGUUGCCGAUUCAAACCCUUUGUGACACAAGGCUACAUGAGCGGUGGAGCAGGCUAUCUUCUCUCCCGCGAGUCACUCAAACGCUUCAUCGUCAAUGGCUUUCGAAAUGAGACCCGGAACGAGUGCAAUCAACUUUCCUCUCCUUCCGAGGACGUUCAACUUGGGCGGUGCCUGGAAAAAGUGGGAGUGGUUGCGAUGAACACGACGGAUGCCAUGGGUGGACAUCGUUUCUUUCCCCUGGAUCCCACUUUCCUACUGUACAAAGAAAACAAGAAGAAGCGAAUUUACUGGUUGUUCCGUUACAUUUACGAACCUUUAUCAUUUGGGGAUCACGCUUAUUCCAAGGAGGCCAUUUCCUUUCAUUACAUUCCGGCUCAUGCCAUGAAAAUAUUUGAUCUUUUUCUUUAUCGCAUUCGAGUAGCCGAAUCAUGAUACAAUUUCAAACUCUUAAAACUA